GCUGUUACUUUUGACCACCGAUCGAUCAUAUUAUGGUUGUACGCCAUUGAAAUUCUCUUCGUUCUGCCCAGAAGUUACGAACCAGGCGAGCGGUUUGAUCCGAAAUUCUCCAUUGAAUUGAGCUCCUGAAGGUCUUAACUGCAUCUUCUCGUUCUCUCUUAACUGCAGACAAGAAACCCUAAGCCAGAUCUCAUCGCCGGAGCGACCGGCUUCGUCCGUCACUAACACCGGGAUCGAAAAGCCGGGACCCUCCUCUACCUCUCGGUGGCCUUCUUUCCCGGUGGCCCUCUCUCCCCCUUUCUCCCCUCUCUUUUCCUCCUUCGGACAGCCCUGGAAGAAACGGAGCUACGGGUCUAGCCGCAGCCGCUGCUUCGGGGUCUCUCCGCCGCUGCUUUGGUUACUUUCUAAUCCGGUCGUGGGUUUGGCGGCUCCUCCCCGUGGCAGUUCACAGGCCAUAAGGCAAGAGCACGGGUCAAGUCCCCGACCCGGCCAUUUCCAUUCCCACUAACCAUACGGACUCACGACCACCACCACCACGACCAUCACGGCAGCAUCACCCCCCGACACUCCCCCCAGGCAGUUUUAGACCCUUUGUACUCCUUCGUCGUCCAUCUGCUCAAGACCCUGAAAGAGUCGGUGAGCACCGCCGGUGGCGGCGGCGGUGCAACCCUAGCCUGGACCCCGGCGUCGGCUCAGGUUUCCCAUUGUAUUUUGGACUCUGCUCUGAUCUCUGAUGGACGAGGACCCUUUUGUUGAUAUAUUUGCGGACGCUCCGGUUAGGCGCGCUCCUGCCCCCAGUAAGUUUCAGCCCAAGGCAAGGCCAGGGCCUAAAAAGGGACCUUUGGCGCCGAAGCCUGCUGCGGUCCCGGUUAAGGAAAAAGAAGUUGCACCGACACCGUCAGAAUCUUUUCGGAAUGCAGAUAGCAGUUUGAGUGUUCCUGCGGACUUGUCCUCCGGUUUUUUGAAUAUAGAGAAGCCAACAGAGCCUUCCACCGUUGGAGAAGUUCUGCAUUUUAAGGAUCCGGGUCAUGAACAUGAAAAUGUAGAAUGUGUUGCUCGUUGGCAGCACGAGGAUGUUGUUGCAACAUCUACAAGCAAUAUUGGGGAGUCUCAAACCUUUGGUAAUUUGACAGCAGGGAUAGAUUCUCGUGGGUUUGAUGACGACGAAAAUCUCGGUGAUCUGCUUCCUGCGCCCAGUGAGCUUGUUGGUAGGGCGGGUGUCAAGUUUCAGCCCAAGGCAAAAGCAAGAAAUCAAGUUCGUGCUUCGGGCUCAUCAGCCCCGCUCCCUGGUAUAACAGAUGAAGUGCCCGGUGGCAAUGAAGAUUGGCGUUCCGAUUUUGGAAAAUCAACUGAAGAGCAGAAUGAAGACAUACUUUCUCAGUUGGAAUCUUUGGAUGAUCUCCUCACGAAAUCUGUGAAUAGGGAAGAACAAACACCUUGCUAUUCCCAUGAAGGGAAUGAGCCCUUGACUUCACGCUCCAACAAUGUCGAAAGGGAGGGUACAGUUUUAUCAUCAGAAGAGCCAAUUACUCUGUCCUCUAUGGAAAUAGAUGCAGAGAAAGAUUCAGGUCUUCCAAUUCAAAAUGCCCCGGACUCUUCCCAUUUCACGGAGGCAGAGGUCUUCCCGGGGCUGGAAGCUGUGGAAGUUUUUCCAGACAUUACAAAUUCUAGCAGGGGCAAAUUCAAACCCAAGCCAAUGACACGGAGUGGGGCCAAAAAACCUGAUUCAGGGACUUCUCAGGCAACACUUACCGAUGAGGAUCACCACCAGGACCCUCUUAUCAAUUACAGAAGUGAAUACAUUGAUGAUGGUACAGUUCCUGGCUCCAUUCCUGAGGAGAUCUUCCAAUACUCAUCAAUUGGGCUAGGGGAGUCUAAUAUCAGGGACUCAACCUCUCAACCAAUAGAUGAUCAAAUGUGGAAUGACCAUUUGGAACCUUCUUGCUUCAAUGAGUCUGUUUCAGAGGAGGGUCAGAGGCCAACAAUAUCUUCCAUGGAUAAUGUUGACAAUGAAGGAGGCAAGAAAUCAUUGCGGCAGCUGAGGAAGCGCACAGCUGCCCAUCUCGUCGAUGAGUCUGAUGGUGAUGCUCAAGAUGAAAGUUUCUACCCUAACCCUUAUAGCAGUAUGGAUGGGGAAAUUGAGGAAGGUGCUACCAGAGAUGAGAAUACAUUGGAGAAGAAAAAAGCUACCGGAAAGUCAAAAGUAAGUAAGAGCAAAAAUGGAAAGCCAUCUAGAAAGAGGAAAGGGGCUGAGGAAGCCACAGGGCAAUCUAAGGAAGUGCCAAAGAAAAAGUUUGCUCAUACAACUCGAAGAAGCAGAAGAUGCGUUGACAAGGUUUUACUUCAAACACCCGAGGAGGAAAUUGACUAUCAGAAGGUGAAGAUUCGGGACCUCAUUCUGCUUGCAGAACACAAGGAGCGGUUAGCGAAGAAAAGUGCAAAAGCGUCAAAGAACCCUCCAACUGGUCAAAGUGUUGAAAAAGCACCCGAUGGAGAUGACUCUGGUAAUAUAGAAGGAAGCUUGCCUACUGAAGAAGGUGGAAACUCCUCCGCUCAACCAUCUGAGAGCAUUGAACCGGGUGUGAUUUUAUUCAAUUAUCAGUCUUUUAUGGACAGGACUCCAAGCACCAGGUGGUCGAAACAGGAUACGGAGUUGUUUUACGAGGGGAUAAGGCAGUUUGGAACGGAUCUUUCGAUGAUCAAAGAACUGUUCCCAAACCUGACUCGUCGCCAAGUUAAGCUAAAGUUUAAGAAGGAAGAACGCCAGAACCCAAUGAGGCUUUUCGAGGCACUGGGAAGUCGUUCAAAAGAUCACAAGCACUUUGAGUUUGUUAUAGAGCGACUACAAAGUGCUGCUCAGGCCGAGAAAGAAUCAAAGCUCGAAAACUCGGAAGCGAUGACGGUUGAGGAGGGUUCCGAGGAUUCGAAUCCGGAAACUGAAGUAUGCUUUACUCUUCUCCAGGGUGUGGAUGAAGUAGCAAAACCUGAGAAGGAUGAGGAGGAAAAAGGAAAUGGAGAUACGGAAGGCAAUAAUGGCGAACUUCAGAGUUCCUUUAAGUCGGGCGAAAAGGGAGAGUGGGGUGAGGAGGAGGAUGAUGAUGAUGGCGACGACUUUUUCAGUUCAUACAAGAGCGAGCUUUAGUUGGAGGGGCUCCAAGUAGUUAGCUAGCGCAUUCAUUUCUUUAUCCGUUGUGUUGCGCGGGUAACUCAGUUUUGCCGGAAGAUGUAAAGUAGAUUUUCAUCUUUGUAACGAAUGGCUCGGGGCUUUGAUGUCCUCGCAAUGUAGUUUCACGUUGUAGAUCAUUGACAUUAAUGAGCUCCCUUGCUCUCCGCAACAUAAUUGAUGUUGGGGACGCGUAUUCUGUUCUCGAAAACAAGCAAAUGUGCGUGCAGGCCUAAUCAUGGUAAAGAAAAACCCCUUUUUUGUCGAGAA